AAUGCUGGGAAUAAUUUAAUUCACGAAAUGGGAGACUUGAAGUCGGGUUUUGAAGAGGUGGAUGGCGUGAGGCUCGGCUACCUCAUCAUUAAAGGAAAGCAAAUGUUUGCACUCUCUCAGGUUUUUACAGACCUGCUUAAAAACAUCCCGAGAACUACAGUGCACAAGCGAAUGGAUCAUUUAAAAGUAAAAAAGCAUCACUGCGACCUGGAGGAGUUGAGGAAACUCAAAGCCAUCAACUCCAUCGCUUUCCAUGCAGCCAAAUGCACACUGAUAUCCAGAGAGGACGUAGAAGCUCUUUACACUUCUUGCAAAACGGAACGAGUCCUUAAGACAAAAAGGAGGAAAAUAAGCCGGGCAUUCUCAACAAAAGAUCUCCAACCGGAGCACACAUCCACCGACCCCUACUCCAGCUUUUGGAAAGAGAACAAACUCUGGCUGGGUUUGAAUGAAGCGGCUCAGCCUCUGCCAAUUAGAAGAAAAGCUUUGCGGCCCGGGGACACAGGCUUGCUACCGGCCUCUGAUCUACCUCACAUUUUUAGUAAAUACACUGGUCACAGCUACCCAGAAAUCGCUCGGUCGCCUUGCAAACCCCCAUUAAACUAUGAAACUGCCCCGAUCGUGGGCAACUAUGUCACCUUUCACUCGGAUCCCCCUUAUUUUCGGAGCGUCCUUUGCAGCAAGCACCCGGCUGCUGCUGCUGCUGCUGCUUAUUAUUACCAGUCCGCCGCCGCCACCGCGCAGACCAAGCUAGCGGCGGCGGCUGGUGCAGGGAGCCCUGUGGGUUUGACUUACAGAUACAAAAGGAAAAGACCGUGUGAGGCCGCCCCAAAGGACUGUUUAUUAAACACCCCCAGCAGCGCCAGGCGGCUCCUGAUCGUGCCCAGGCCCUGCAAGCCCAAAGGAGCUGCAGCAGGCACGGCCGCUUGCCUGGAGAGAUUUCACCUCGUCAAUGGCUUUUGCACUUCUCCGCAGCAGCCGCAGCAACAGCAUCUGGGCAGCUUCCCCGAGAGCUACAGCAGCGACUCGGAGUCCAGCUCUUACUCCGACCAUGUGGCCAACGACUCGGACUUCGGGUCCAGUCUCUCCAGCACCAGCAACUCCGUGUCCUCUGAGGAGGAGGAGGACGACGACGAGGAGGAAGGCAGCGGCGUCUCGGACUCCAGCGAGGUCAGCUCCGAGGAGGAGGAUACGACCUCAGACUCCGACUCCAGCUCGGUUUCCAGCCAGGUCUCGGUGCAAAGCAUCCGCUUCAGGCGAACCAGUUUCUGCAACCCCCCCAGCAUGGCCCAGGCCAACUUCUUGUAUCAUUUGGCCACGGCCGCCCCCACUAAAUCGCCAGCUUUCGAGGAGGCAGGCAGGCUUCCUGACCUCAAAAGUGCUCAGUGUGGCGUCAAAUCGGAAUUGCCAGAGGAAUGGAGUCAUCAAAGCUGGGCAUCCAAAGCACCUCCAGUGUGCUGCUCCAGCAGCCUUGGAAGUUGUUUUGCUGAGAUAAGGGAUGAUAGGGUAACUGAGAUCACAUUCCCACACCCUGAAUUUUCCAUUAAUGUAAAGAGUACUGACCUAACAAUUAACUGUGCUGCGAAGGGGGCCUCUUCACCUAGCCCAAAGACAAACAAUGCAUUUCCACAACAAAGAAUACUCAGAGAGGCAAGGAAAUGCCUUCAAGCAACAACUACACACUGUGCAGAUAACAAUACAAUAGCUGCUAGGUUCUUAAAUAAUGAUUCUUCACCAACAGCAGCAAAUUCCGAAGAAGAUUCCAAAAUCCCUCAUUGUAUUGAAUUUGCCACGGAUUUACCCUCUUUGCAAACUGAUCGUGCUUCUACAACAGGAGCAGCUGAGCUUGAGUGCACUGAUCCAGGCAAUAAGGCAUUGCCAUUCCUGCACAAUAUUAAAAUCAAAAUAGAGGAUAGCAGUACGAAUGAAGAAUAUGAACCUGACCUUUCAAAACAUAAGCUAAAAUGUGAGUGCAAUGAUACUAAGGAUGAGUUUAACGGUGUGACUGAGAGUAAUAACCCGGACGUUUUAUUAACAGCCCAGGAAGAUUCUGCAUGCACUGAGAAAGAAACCACUUCCUUAAACACGCUGACUCAGAGUCAGGUCCUUUCAUGCACUUUAGGCACUCCAAAACCUGAGGAUGGAGAGUAUAAAUUUGGAGCGAGAGUGAGAAAAAAUUACAGGACAUUGGUUUUGGGAAAGCGACCUGUACUGCAGACUCCUCCAGUCAAACCAAAUUUGAAAUCAGCUAGAAGCCCACGUCCUACAGGUAAAAUUGAGACACAUGAAGGAACACUGGAUGAUCUUACAGUUACCAAUAGACGCAAAAGGGUAGCCAGCAAUGUAGCAUCAGCAGUGAAAAGGCCGUUUAAUUUCAUGGCAAAUUUUCCCUGUCCACCGUCACUAAUUAUUGGCAAUGAUGGGGAUUUGUUGCCAGCUUAUUCCUUAAACACCACUAAGGAUUCCCAACCACCUCACAAGGCCCAUCCUGUAUGGAAAUGGCAGUUGGGCGGUUCUGCAAUACCUCUUCCACCUAGCCACAAAUUCAGGAAAUUUAAUUAAUAAAAUAGUUUGGAAAAUACUUUCUUGAACCACCUUUACCUUUCUUUUGUUUUAAACUCGACAAGAUGGUUUAUACAAGCCCCUUAAUGCUUUACACACUUUUGGAGUUCUGUUUUAUCACAUUGUGAAGAUAGAAAUCGGAUUACUAUUUUCUUUUCCAUUACAGUUCUUAUUUGUUUGUUUGUUUGUUUGUCUGGGUAAUUUUUACAUUCCACAGAGUACUUCAGGCUAAAGACUCAACUUAAACUCAGUUAUUAUAGUAGAGCUGGAACACUUUACUGUUUAAAUGCUAAUAAUGCACCGGUACCUCAAUUCAACUGCUACAAAUAAAUGUCAAAAGGUUGAAUAAUAAAUAUUAGAAUGAGCCAUUAAAUUUAUGCACUAGAUUUCGAAAAUGGAAGUCUAACUGUUAAUUCAGUUAAAGUUUGUUAAGUUACUUGGUUGCACAGUAAGGGUUCACUAUAAUUCAAUGUGGCAGCAGUCUCUACUUUUCGGGAGCUUUGUUUUCCAGAGUAGGGGGCUCUUUUUCCAAGAGCAGUUGCAUUUACUAAUUUUUCUAUGGUUUGGAAAGAUUGGGGCUGGAGUACAGUUGGAGCACUGGAAAAGCUGCCUCAUCUCAAAACUAGUAAAUAAAUAUGGAAUUCUGUUUUUGGUAAAGGGUGUCUUUUUACUUGUACAGUCACUCUUUGCAAUUGGAAAGACUUUUUGUUUCACUCAAAAGUCUUAAAUAAGGUUACUGUUACCCACUAAUGUGGGUACUUCAAUUUUGGUCUGAACAUGUCCCUAAUAACUUGCAAAGCAACUAAAAUAUUUGUCUGUGUAGCAGUACAAUUUAUGGUCUAACCUCUCACACUCGAUGGAGGAAAUAGCAAAGCGGUAAAUGCAACACCGAAAGUGAAACGUGAGGCCAUACGUGGAAAGAAUACACAAAAUGAGAAUAUCAUGUUAUUCAUAGCUUUUUGGCACCAAAACUCAGGCAUUUAAACCUUCGUACACUUCACUGUUUUAUCCAAAUCUCUUGAAACUUGAGUUUUGCAAUACCAUCCUAUCUAUGUAGCAGGAGCAUUUUUACUGCACGUGACAAUCAGAGGCAAUUAUCUAUAUUUGCACUUAAUAUUAACAGGUAGACUUCUAGAGUCUAGCCCUCGGUAAGACAAGCUGGUGUAAUAUGUUGUGAUGAUGGAAGCAGUAAAUCAAAAUUAUGAAAAUUUGCACUGUUGAAAAGCAUGCUUUAGCUUUAUUUUCAAUUAAAAACACUGUUUAAAAA